UAAGGCCAGAAAAUGUUACUGCUUGCUUCUCCCCCCACUCCUGCCCUAGUUUUACUUUAAUAGGUGAGUGAAUCACAGGCGGUAGAAUAUGGCUGGACAAAUAUCGGAAUCUGAUCAGAUCAAGCAGUUCAAGGAGUUUCUUGGAACAUACAAUAAACUUACAGAAAACUGCUUCCUAGAUUGCAUAAAGGAUUUCACUAGCAGAGAGGUUAAACCAGAAGAGAUGACUUGCUCAGACCACUGCCUACAGAAGUAUUUAAAAAUGACACAAAGGAUCUCCAUGAGAUUUCAAGAGUACCAUAUUCAGCAGAACGAAGCUCUGGCAGCUAAAGCAGGACUGCUUGGCCAGCCUCGUUAGACAAGAGCACUCUGUUCAGACUUUACAAGCAGUGCCAGUGUUCACUGGGCAAGAAGACAUUUUGGAUUUUCUACUGUCAGGAUGUAUGUCCAGCAACUCAGAAGAGGGUUCUAGAUGCUGGUCAGACAGUGGAAACCAUGAAGGGUUAAACAAGAAGCUAGUCAUGGUGGACUGGCAAUGGAGUCUAUUUCUGAGAUCCUUUUCACUCUACAAUGGAGUAAUACUGAUACAAACUUUUCCAGGGCCCACAGACUGGUAUGUUUAAAUUUCAAGGGGGGUGGGAGGGUUAUACUUCCUUUCUGCUAGGACUGGUUCAGAUGGAAAAAAAGUAUAAUAUGGGAAAUACACUUUAUUCAAUUUGAGUAAAAUAAAUGGGAACUGUACACUUG